CGAAGCGAACCUAAAAAUUGAAUCGAAAGCAGAAGAAAAAAACAAGCGCGGGAAUGGAAAAAGGAAGCAGUAGCAGGAAGAACAACAACCAGAAUCAACAAGAUCACGAUUUAGAGCUAGAGAAAGUUCGCUUAAUCAGUCUAGCUCUCGAGUUCGGUUUCGAUGAACAAUCCGCUAACCAAUGUUUCGACCGUCUCGUCUCUCUCUACGGCGAUGACGGUCGUGAUUUCAUCACCGUUGAGCACUGCGGCGACGAUUUUCUUACUGCUUUGGCGGAAUCGGUGCAAGACACGGAGGAGUGGGAUGAUUUACGCGAAAUGGAAUCGCAGGCUGUUGGAACUUUGAAUCACGUGCUUGAAGAACGGUUUGCCACGUGCGGUGAAGGUUCUAAGUCAUUCGUUGAUGUAAUUGACGAUUCGCCUCAGAAAGGGCGGACCAAAUUUGUUGAAUUGGGUGAUGAGGAGGAUACAAGGGGUAAUUCUGUAUUUUCGGGUCAACAUACUCGAAACUCGAUGGAUGGCAGAAGUUCCAUCACUCAAGGCUCAGUUUCAUCAACUUCCAGAAAAGUACAAUCCUCCUUUGCUUCAAAGGAUAGAACUAGUACUCUCACUUAUGAAGAAUUACAGGCGCUAGAUGAUAUUGAAUUGGCAAAUGUUGUUAUCUUUGGUAAUAAAACACUUCGACCGUUGCAGCAUCAAGCAUGUGAAGCAACAUUGUCAAAACAAGAUUCUUUUAUUCUUAUGCCUACUGGAGGUGGUAAAUCUCUUUGCUAUCAGCUUCCAGCAACCCUUCAACCAGGAGUUACAGUAGUUAUAUCUCCCUUACUUUCACUCAUUCAAGAUCAGAUAAUAACACUUAACCUCAAGUUUGGAAUACCUGCUACUUUUUUAAACUCACAACAAAAUGCUUCCCAAGCCGCAGCUGUCCUCCAAGAGCUAAGAAAAGACAAGCCUACGUGCAAGCUCUUGUAUGUGACACCGGAGAGAAUUGCGGGAAACCAAACAUUUCUUGGGAUUCUAAAAUGCAUGAAUCAGAAGGGACAGCUGGCAGGUUUUGUUGUUGAUGAGGCACACUGUGUUAGCCAGUGGGGACAUGAUUUCCGGCCUGAUUAUCGCGCAUUAGGAUCUCUUAAGCUAAACUUUCCACAUGUACCUGUCAUGGCAUUGACUGCCACUGCAACUCACCCAGUUCGCAAGGACAUCUUAAAUGCUUUAAGAAUUCCACAUGCAAUUGUUCUUGAAAGAAGCUUUGACAGACCAAAUUUGAAGUAUGAAGUGAUUGGUAAGACAAAGGAACCACUAAAGCAGCUUGGAAAACUACUAAUGGAUCGUUUCAAGAGUCAGUGCGGCAUUGUAUACUGCCUGUCAAAGAGUGAAUGUGUCGAGGUAUCAAAGUUUUUGAAUGAGAAAUGUAAAAUUAAGGCAGCAUAUUACCAUGCUGGUUUGGCUGUCAAACAGAGAGUUACUGUUCAAAAGAAAUGGCAUGACGGAGAGGUCCAUAUAGUAUGUGCAACUAUUGCUUUUGGAAUGGGAAUAGACAAACCUGAUGUUCGAUUUGUCAUCCAUAAUACAAUGUCAAAAUCAAUUGAAAGCUAUUAUCAGGAAUCAGGAAGGGCUGGAAGAGAUAAUCUUCCUGCAGUUUGCAUUGCUCUAUAUCAGAAGAAAGAUUUUAGUAGAGUUGUAUGCAUGAUAAGAAACGGCCAAGGAUAUAAAAAGGAGGGUUUUAAGACAGCAAUGGCUCAAGCCAAAAUGAUGCAACAGUACUGUGAAUUAAAGGAUGAAUGCCGGAGACAGACCCUACUCAAACACUUCGGAGAAUCAUUCGAUAGAAAGACCUGCAAGCAUGGCUCUAGCCCUUGUGAUAACUGUCUCAAGACCACAUAAUGAGUUGCUACAAUUACGGCUCUAUAACCCAUUCAGCAUGUUUUUGCUCUGACGUUUUCAAGUCACUAAAGGUAUGUCCAAUGCAAGGCUCUAAUGUUUGCAAGUCACUAAUCGGAUCGUAUAUCUAAUGCAAGGCUCCAAUUGGUAGCUUCAAUUCUAUCGUGCGGUGUCAGCAGCAUUCUGGCCGCAGUUCCAAACAGCAUCUCAAUGGACUUUAUCGUGUAAUAUUUAUGGUGUACCACUUGAAAAGUUCGAACAUUUCUCUAGACUAUAUUGUUUUUCAGAUUAAUUUUGAGACACCACUAAAGGUAUUCUACCACAAUAUAUAUAAAAGUAGUAAAAAUUUAUCUCCAAGAUUUUUUACCAAAGUUUUGAAGGAAAGUAUAAACGGGUUUGGCUUGGGUGACUUUGAAGCGGGAAAGUCACCGUGACUUUAGUGCAAUUUUCUUGGCGGGAAAGGUGAAUGAAUAUUUAAAAUAUAUUAUUUGUUGAGAGAGAAAAAUUGAUUUGGAGAGAGAUAGAGACAAAGUUAUCAAAGUCACAUACUCUCAAAGUCACCCAAACCCAACCCAUAAACUAUAAAGUGUAAAAUAUGACAUGCUAUAGUCUUCUCUUUCUUGGCCACAUUGGUCUGGGCAUC